GAGUUAGUGUUGUUGUUGUUGUCGGUGGGAUUACACGUUGCCGCUCCUCUGUCGUGCAAUAACCAUGUUCAAUGAGGGAUAGCUGGCGCUUCCUCACACCUCACACUGGAAGAAGGUGUGAGGGGGAUUAAGGAAAGAGGAAAAAGGGGGAAGAAGAGUGGAGAGGAGGAAGGAGUAAAGAGGAGUUGGCGUUUUUAAACAUCCUGGUGGAGGGGGAACAUCGAGUUGCUGCUGCUCGUGUUGUGUGUGUCUCUCUCUCCUAAUUUCCUUUUUUUGCGGCGUGUCUGCGAUGAGACGGGAACUUGCUCACGAUAGACGGAUUCAUUAUGGAUGUAAAGAUUUACUCAGUAAGGGUUGAAGCGAGCGGCGAGGGCGAGCCCCUGCAGGACGAGUGCCAGGAACCCCCACCCGGUCGGGACCGAGGGCAGCAACAGCACAGGCAGAGGUCUCAUGCCCACACCAAGGAGGAGAAUGCGGUAGAGGCCAAUAUGGACGGUGGAGAGAAGAAGCCGAGUGGAAGAUGGAAGGUAGAGGAGCUGAAGAGGGAGAAUGAGGAGGUGAAAUCAAGACUAUCCUCCUUGCAGCAAGAGUUUUCCAUGUUGGAGGAGCAAGUGCGUGUAUUAAUGGCUGAGCGUCAAGAAGUGGAAAAGAAGCAGCGUGCGGAACAUGAGGCCCAAGAACUAGCCUAUGUGUCCAAGUUACAGCAGUACCAGGCCACCAUUGCAGCGCUUGACCAAUGCAAUCCGACAGUUGUUGAAGAGAACCCCCCAUCCAACAAAGGUCAGUACUGGGGUCCUUCGUCAUAGGCCAGUCUUUAUGUUCGACGCCUGAAAUAAUCCUUGUUGUUCCUAGUGGUGCUCUGAGGAUGAUAACUUGAUAUAUCAUUGCGUAUACCGUGUCAUUCUGUGUCUUUCGUGUGAUGGAACGUGAACUGAAUUUCAUGGAAGUAAUUAAUGGGUAAACCUU